AUGGGAUCUUUAAACUACAGAAGCACAGAUGAAUAUUAUUCAUUUCUUUUAUAUCUAGAGCUUAAAGUUGGUAAAUAUUUUGACAUAUUUGUAAAUGGUGAAAGAAUUGAAAAAGUUGCCGAAGAUAUGUCAUUGUAUAAAUGCAAAAGCGGUACACUCGAAUUUGUAUGCAUUGAUAUUUCAAAAAAAAGAAAAAGAAAAUCAAUCAAUGGCUUUUGGAAACAGAAUGGAGAAGAAAACUUCUUGCCUGUUAAACUCUCUGAUUCAAACUUAAAAACCACAAAGAGAAACUUUACAAAAAUUUCACAUUGCGGAACCGAAAUCAUCAGAGAUAAAAGCUUCAAGUGUUGGGAGUACUCUUUAUUCAACGGAGGGGACCACAACCAUCUUUAUAAUAUUUAA